GUCUAGGUCUUUUUUAGUUGGAAUAUCGCGUGUCCCUCCUUCGCAUCGAAUCAGCUCAGCUCAGCUCCGUCCCUUCGCUUACUACCCGGCGAUCGAUCCCUCUAGAAUAUAGUCUCCUCGGUAUUUUUUUCUGAUUUGGACUGUUUGGACUGCAUUUGUGGCUGCAUUUGUAUUCGAACUUGUUAUGUGGUAACUACACCCAUAAUCUUCCAAGUUGGAUCAUGUUGCUUGUUUCGAGGUCGCCUUAAUUUAUCGUCACUGUUGGCUCCGGCGCAACUGAUUAUUUUUGGGAAACUCAAGUUACCCUAAGAGCCGCUGGCUUGUUCUUCUCCCUUUGCGCGCCUGCAGUAGUUUUGGCUCUUCCGUCGUAACACACUUAGAUCGUCCGACUGUGGCACCAACGGGCGUAUUGGGGUGGAUUCGCAGUCUAAUAUUUCCACGUCUAGGACUACACAUAAAAAGAGAUAGAGUGAGCGCGUGCGUGUGCGACUAAGAGUUGCUGGCCAAUUAUUAUACAGCUUCAGGUGCGACAGCAACAACUUUUCCCCACGAGGGGUGCGACAAACCUCCCCGCGAGCGGCCCGGAUUUGAAGCGCUACGACUCUUCGCAAGACCAUGAUGCUUUAAUGGAACAUGACUUCUGUUCUCCCCGCAUUGCCUAGAGACGUUAAAUCAUCUAUACCUUUCGUGGACUCGAGACCCAUCAUGACCGAGGUUCAGGAGCCGACGCCGCCUCAGAACGUCCAACAUGAAGGCGACCCGCAGCGAGGACGUCGCCGGAGUCGCUCUCCUGACAAGGAUAUCGAUGGCAAUGAGAGCGACCAACCUGGCGACGGUGACACCAAAAACGGUAAUUCGUCAAACUCGGAUGGUCCCGUAAGAAAGCGGAGGCGGAGUCGCAAAGGUUUGGAUAAGAAAUUCGAAUGCCCUACCGAGGGAUGUGGUAAGAGUUAUUCAAGGGCCGAACAUCUUUAUCGGCACCAAUUGAACCAUUCGCCGAAGCAGAUUUACAGAUGCGACUUUCAAGAUUGUAAGCGCCAGUUCGUCCGACUCGACUUGUGCAACCGCCAUAAGGAUCGCCAUACUGCGAAAGGAUCUGCGCUGAAUCGGAAAGAUUCUCUGAUCAGCCAAUCCUCUCCCAUCGACAACGUAAGACCUCCGUACCCUACGCCUAGUGCCGUCUCUCCCGAUUCCGAUAGACUCGGACCAAGCUAUACUCAAGGACGCGGAGCUCACUAUGAAUACCAGUCACCAAAAGAUACCAUCGGCACACCCUUUACCCCGAUAGCGAAUACACCGCCAGCCAAUUUUUGCCAUACCGGUCAUCCAAACGGUGUUGAUGGGUUUAUACACCACGAGCAGGGUUAUCCAGCUCACCACGGCGCGCGGCAUCCACACCACUCCCCUUCAGGCCCUUCGCGGCCGACAAUCCAAACUAAUAUCGGUGCUCCUUAUGGCGUUCUUUCGCCAGUUCCCACGCAACAUGGCAACUACCAUGGGCAUCUCGCCAACACUCCUCAGUCUACACCAACGAUGCCGUACGUUGCUCAACAAAACUUAACACCUUUCGCCCUACCACCUUCGGAUUUUGCGACGACGUCUGCUGGUGAUCUGCCGAGGGAAUCCGGGCAAGCUUAUGCGCCCCAUAAUGCUAAUGAUUAUGAUCAUUCGCAAUCUCAGUCGAAUGGUGAAAUGGCGCUACUAGAUCAGAUGGCAACGCAAACCACUAUCCCAGUUUUCGGCAGCGACGGCGUCUUGAAUAAGACUCCCUACGUUGCUAUUCCGGAAGACUUCUUUGCAUAUCUCUUUAAUACCAACGAUCCUAACGGAUCACCACAGGUCGGCCAUGUAAUGGCACCUAAUCCAUAUGCUAACUAUGCGGAGCAUCAAUAUGGCAUGCCGUAUUACGAAAGCGCAUCUCUCGGGUAUUUCCCGCCAUCUAACCAGCCGCAACAGGUUAUGGCUGUUACAAAUCUGUUGGACCCGAAUCUCCCGGAGUCGCUUUUAUCUGAAGAGAAGAGUCAAGAAAUUUUUGACUUCAUUAAGGAGAGAUUCCACGAGAACGAUCAUGCGCCGGUAGAGCGUCAACGGGAAAGCAUUUUAGAGGGUGACAGGAGUGAUAAGAACCACAUGCUAAGCCGAACGAUGAUGCAGCAGUAUAUAGGUUCUUAUUGGGUUCAUUUCAGCGAUCAGAUACCCAUUCUCCACAAGCCAACGUUCUCGCCGGAUAGGACACCAACUUUGUUAUUGAUAGCAGUAAUGGCAAUAGGAGCUGCCUGCUUGGAUAGAACACAUGGGCCGAAGGUUAUUAGGGCUGGAUCUCAGCUUUCUAACUUCCUUGCGUGGCACCUGAGAUGGGAAAUAUUUAUGGACGUGAACUGCCGGCCACCGGCGAAGAUCUGGGCCUUCCAGACUCUAAUAUUGCUCGAGCUUUACGAGAAGAUGUACUCGACCAGGGAGCUCCACGAGCGAGCACACAUCCAUCACGCGACUACCAUUACGCUAAUGCGGAGAGGGAGGGCGCUGAUAGGAAAAUCUGCUCUCGACUCGCCGCCCAACCCACGAGAUGAGAAAUCAGGGGCGAAUAGUUCUCGCCAUUCUUCUACUUCAGGACUCGCACAUACGCCGGAUGAGUGGUGGAACCACUGGAUAACGAACGAGACUACUAGGCGUGCAGCUUUUGCGGCGUUUCUUAUUGACUCAAUACAUGCUACGAUGUUUGGGCACUCAACCGUCAUGGUAGCACACGAAAUGCGCCUACCGCUCCCCUGUGACGAUCAGCUAUGGAAGGCCACAAGCGGUGCUGAGGUUGGUAGGAUCGAGGCGAACCUUAUGUCAAACGGGAUCAAGCCGAUCUCAUUCCUCGAGGGACUCAAGCGAACACUAGCGGGGCAUGAAGUACAGACAAAUCCUUUCGGCCGACAGAUUCUCAUGGCUGGCUUGCUAAGCGUGAGUUGGCAUAUGAACCAACGUGACCUACAAGUUAGCUCGCUCGGCGGUGGUGUGCAACAAGCGCUUGGUGGCCGAGACAAGUGGCGCUCAACACUUACCAAAGCAUUUGACUCGUGGAAAACGGAUUUCGACAAAUCGUUACAGCGCGCUGAUACGAUGAUGGACCCGUAUAGCUACGACAAGCAGAGCGAUGCCAACGUGGUAUUUGAGAGCAGGACAGUACUACAUCACCUAGCGCACAUGGCAAUGCACGUGGAUAUCGUUGACUGUCAAAUAUUUGCUCGUGCCAAACGCCUGCUCGGCAGAGCAAUUGGUACACAGGAUUUAAACAGUGCGCAACGUAGAAUGAAAGAUCUCUGGGCGCCGUCUGCAAAAGCCCGCGACGCCACAUUUUAUGCUGCCAAAUUCCUAUACUCAGUUUUGCUCCCAGAAAAUGCAGGGUCGUCCUCGGAGGGUUACAGCCACCAAUCCGGUAUUCUUAUGUACCUGGCCAGAGAUGAUGUCCUUUUGAAUCGGCCGUGGGUGCUCUACUUUGCAGCAUUGGUUGUAUGGUGCUACGGGUUCGCGCUGGAGGGGCCUUGUCCCGGAGUUCCCAUCCCGGAUACUCCUCAGGAGAGAAUGAGCCAGAUGCGAGAGUACCUAAUGAGGGUCGGCUCGGUAGCAUCACCGGAAGAUCUCAAGGGCAUGAGAGGCAUCAACAAGAAUAGUACUUUGCUUGUCGUUCUAAAGGACUCGUUCGAGUCGACACGAUGGGAGCUGCUACACGAAGGAGCAACACUAUUGAACAACUGUAUUCAGCUUAACAGUGGUGCAACGGUGGUUUAGCGAAGCUUUUAUCAACUUAUUACAUGCGAAUUUUUUUUUUUUUUUAAAAAAAAACAUGAAAAAGAAAUACGGAAAUACGGAAACAUGAUGAGAAUUUGAGGAAAGGCAACUGAUAUAUGAGGAGGAACGAAUUACGGACAAGCGACAUCGAAACA